AUGUUGUUGACGAAGUGUCUUGUGGCCAUUGCGUUGGCUUUACAAUCUGUUUCUGCUUCUACUGUUCUUGUAACAGAACAAAAGGAACCGACUGUAACACCCAUGGCAGCAGUCAAUAGUCUCGAGAAGAGAAAACAGAAGGAUGUCAUAAUCAACAAGGAAUAUGCCAAACAACAAGAGGAACAGGCUAACAGAGAAGCUGGCAUCUCCAAUACGGAAGAAACUCCUACGCCUUGGGUUAGAACCAUUUCUGAAACUAUAAAAGUUGUUGUUACUCCAACGGUAAUCGCGGGAGUGACUUUUGAUGCUAAACCUCCUAAAACCACCAAUGGAUUGGAACCUUGGGUAUCAUUGAAAAAGGAUGGUAGUCCUAAGACCAUUAAACCUAAGAAUAAUGGUGGAGUCAUUAAAAAUGGGUAUCCAACUUAUGGAACUUAUUUUGCUACUCCUACAACAAUUACUCACAAGAAGGAAGACAUCAAACAAGACGAUUCAAAUAAAGAAGAGGAUUUCAGUGAGAUCCAGUACAUUGAUGAAGAUCCUACAUAUCAUGAGUUGAAUCCAUUGAUUAGAUGUACUCCUAAGCUUUAUUAUAAGAAGGGUGCAGCUAAGAAUGUUUUAUCUGAACCCUUUUGUUUCCCUCACGAUAACCAACGUUGGGUUUCUGGUAAGGAAUAUUUUGUUCUGUGGUAUUCUAAAUACUUUUCUGAUGAUGUUAAGAAGGUUAGACUUCAUUUAAACUUUGUUAAAGAAAAGGCAAAGAAUAGGGUUUUGAAAAGAGAAGAUUCAUUUGAGAAUGACGAUAAUUCGGAUUUUACUAUUGAACUUGCAAAGCGUUCCAAGGUAAUUGAACAAGGUGGUCGGAUCCAAGGUGACUCGUUUUAUUCUUCAGAAUGGAUUGAUAAUGUGAAGGGGUUCCAUCAUAUUUAUAUUGAUGAAGAAUGGAUGAGUAAAUCUACUGAUUUUUAUAGAAAGGUAUUGGUUUCUAUCCAACCAGAUAACGUUGAAGAUGAUGAGCAUAACCAUUACGAAAACUUUUUCGUUGUUCAAAUGGCUAAGAAAGCACAUGUUGGUAAGGGACAUAUGGAAGACUUAAAGGCUCUAGAAAAGAAAUGGAGAGCUGAAGGUGUUGAGAUUGAAGAUGACGAAGAUCAUUUUGAAAAGUAUUAUGUUAUGAUGUUAUUACCCACAAUUGUUUGUGUGAUAGCACUUGCCAUGUAUUUAUUUGUUCAAUUCAACAACAGAGAUCUUGAUCUUUCAUUUUUACGGUCCAAACGGAAGAGAGCUGCUGGUUCCAAAACCACACAUAAAAUGCUUCAUUUGAACUAUCAAAAACACCCAGGUUCCAGUGCCUUACCACAAUACAAAUCAGAUGUGGUCAAAAAUGAUUAA